AAACUUUGCUUUUCCAAAGAUUACAAAAAUCCGAGCAAGAAAGUGGGUCACGGACAGAAUACUGCAAUAUUAUCAACCGUUGCAUUUCCAGGGAAGCAAGCACACAGAUCACUCAAAAUUAAGGAGCAGCAGAUGUAUCUUCCGAGAGCCGGAGAUGGAAAGGGGGCCAACACUCCCCCGCUGGAAUCCUCUAGUGAGCAGAUGCAGGAACAGCAGCAGGUUCAGACGGCCGAGGAAGAUGCAGUUGGAUCUUCUACGUGGAGGAGGCUCAGUGAAAACAAUAGCCCUAUAACCCAUUCCUUCCUUCCACAAAAGAAGAGCAAAGUAGAGAGCGAUGACGAUUUGUUCACGGUUCCAGACGUGGAAGCUGCACCACCAACCAACACUGCUGUCAUAUCCAAUGUCCUUGGUAAUAGUAACCGGGAAAAUAAUGCAGACAUUCAGCACCAGACCGGGUUGUCCAUGAAACGCCGCAGGGGACGAAACCCUGUUGAUAAAGAGUACAGACGCCUCAAGAGGUUGCUCAGGAACAGGGUGUCUGCACAACAGGCCCGAGAAAGGAAGAAGGUAUAUGUCAAUGAUCUUGAAUCAAGAGCCCAGGAAUUGCAGGACAAGAACUCCAAGUUGGAAGAGAAGAUCUCAACUUUGAUCAAUGAGAAUACCAUGCUUAGGAAGGUUCUUAUCAACACGAGGCCAAAGAAUGAUGAAAGUAUUGAGCUGAAGCAGGAUCAGUUUAGCAAGAGCUGACAAGCAUAAGGUGUUUCUUUAAUUUUCAAGUUAAUUACUUUGUAUCUAGGAUUAUCGGAGACCCUUUUAGGCAAAUGUAUACCUUAGAAUUCCCAAACUAUGCAUGUACUACCACUUAUUUAA